UACUUAACAAGCUAGUUGCCAACAUUCCUUCAAACAUUAAUGGGAGGAGGAGGAAGAAGAAAAUUCAACUACCGUAGAAGAAGAGGGCUGAGGCCUGCUGGAAAUUUUACGUGUAGCAGAAAUUAAAACGACAAUAACCGGAGGUUUUACCCAGCGAUGAGGUCGUGAACGCCUCUGUGUUCGGGACGUUGCUGAAGAUGUAGCACAAUCGCAGUAUGACUGAAUAGAGUACAAUGUUGCGGUACUCUGACGCUGUCAGACUACCUGACAAUAGUUGACAGACAUGCCGUGGUGCCUGAAGGGCAAGCGGAAAUAUCAUUUUUAAGCUUACAACCCAGGCUUCAUCACAGAGUGAAAGCCAAAGUUCUUUUGUAAUUUUGUUUUAGAGGACAGCAGUUUCUCCCUGUCAACACGGACUGUAAAAAGAGCCGACUCCGUUUGAACCAUGGUAGACAACCGCUAUGCCACAGCUCUGGUGAUCGGCUCGGUGCUGAGCCUGCUGGCCACAGUGUACCUCUCUGUGGCUGUGGGAACUCAGCACUGGUACCAGUACAGCAGUCCAUCAGUUAAACGUGAGUGGGGCAACGCCUCCGAGCUCAGAGAGGAGUUCAUCAAUGGGGAGUUUGACGAGAAGACUUACAGCGACACCAUGUUCCGCCUGAACGGCACACUGGGACUGUGGUGGAGGUGCAUCCUGGUGCCCGGACAGUCACACUGGUUCAAAGAGCCAGAUCCGAAGAUGGAGACGCAGUGUGUGAGCUUCACUCUUCCACAGCAGUUUAGUCCAAAGUACAAGUACCCUGGAAACCAUAACAGUGAAGAAAAUCUGCUGAGAACAUACUUGUGGAGGUCCCAGUUUCUCCUGCCCUUGGUGUCUCUGGCUUUGGUGUUCCUCAGUGGCCUUGUUGGGGUCUGUGCCUGCCUGUGCCGCAGCUUCACCCCCACCUUGGUUGUGGGAGUGCUCCAUCUACUUGCUGGCCUGUGCUCUCUGGGCACCGUCUGCUGUUUCCUGGCCGGUGUGGAUUUGCUCCACGAGUGUUCCCCACCACCAGAAGGGGUGGAGGGCUCGCUGGGCUGGUCCCUCUACCUCGCCCUCAUCUCCUUCCCUCUUCAGAUGAUGGCAGCUGCUUUGUUCCUGUGGGCGGCCAGGAGUCACCGCAAAAACUACACCCGCAUGACUGCUUACAGAGUGGCCUAAAGAGCAACUAUUACAGCAGCUUACCUUAAAACAACCUGCUAGUGAGAAGACUUUGUAGAAAAAAAAGUAUCAGUAGCAGUAACCGUAUCUGGUUAAAAAAAAAAAAUGAGUGAAGUGACUGUACUGGUUGUAACUUUUAACUUCUGUAACAGUGUUUAAAUAGAAGGACACAGUUACAUGGUGUCCUACAGGCAAGAAUAAACUAAAUCGGCUCGCAGCUAAUGCUCAUACAUGCUAAAUAGGGAUUUAAUAUCUAGUUAAUUGUUUUAUUUCACCUUUGUUUUUUAGCAUGACUUAACCUGUUUCUUACCCAAAGCACAUUCUUUAAUAUGUGUUAACAUCCUGAUAUGGCGGAUGAUUUAUUAUUUGUGGUGUUAAGUGUGUUCGCGUGCAAUACUUAAAUGCCUUCUUUUCGGUUGCCAUUGCUUCUAAAGCUGCUCACCACAUUGCCCUUAAGUCAGUUAUAGUUUCUCUUUGAGUGCAUUAAACUUAUCAUACAAGCCUAUUUUUUAUUUUGAUUUUUUUGGGGAGAGUUUUUUUUUUUUUUGUAUAAUCUUAAAUAUUUGCUGUGCAUGCCUUUUUAAGAUGACAUUUGCGUAAUCUGUGGUAGCUGUUGAUUUCAGUUUGUGGUAUAUGUUGACUAAAUGUCAACAAAAUGUCACUAAAAAUGUAACCACUCAUCUCCCAUUGUCACCCGUGUUUAUAAAUCUGAUAUUUAUUGAUGCUGUUAAUUUGAAUGUUAAAAAACUGAAUCGAUUGGAUGCCACUUGAACAAACCUGUGACCUCUGUGUAACAUUUAAGUACAAAAGCUUCACUAUUUUAGGAUACCUAAGAUGUACUCUUGUAGCAGUCAGGCGUCUGUUCUUUGAGGGCUCAGUUUUGACAACCAAAUAUGUUUGUGAUACUCCACAGUCUCAGAGUGUUUUGAGUAACAAUUGAAUUAGCAAAAUGUUCAACUGUAAAUGAAAAGCAUCCUGAAUCUGUCGUUAAAUUUGUGUUUAAAGUAAAGUCAUUUUUGUGCCAUAUCCCAAAAUUACUCAUGUCCUAUCACCAGAAAACAAAUUGUGAGGUUUUUCUGUCACAAUGUUUUGUUACUUGUCAGGUAUGUGUACACUACUUUUUAUAAAUGUCUUUGUGUUCUGAAGCAUACUGUACCUGUUUCUGUAUUACUAAAUUUGACAUUUGGCUA